ACAGCCGGUCGGAAAAAUGCUUUACGAAGAGCAAAUUCUUGAUGACACAGAAAUUACUAUUUCAGUUUGAUCUUUUUAAAAACUGAGGCAUUCUGGAAUUAAGUCCUCGCCAAAAAACGAAAACAAUCACUUUAACACUUCGAAAAUUUUAGCACCUUUGAAAUGUUUGAAUUUUCGUCCUCGCCAGUUAUGUAUCCUUAAAUUACUUUAUUUGCUUUUGUUUUUUAGGAGGAACUGCCAAGAAGUAGGAAAGAAAUCCAAAGGAGUGUGUGAACGUAAUGAGUUUUGAGUCUCUCAGAGCUGAAGAAAACGAGGGAAAGAAAUUUCGCUCUCACACGAUCCGAAUAGGAGACGGAGAGAUUUUGGCGAAAUUCAACCGCGCGCUGGCUUCCAUUGUAACAACAGAAGGAUUUGCCGCCCAGAUGGGAAAUGUUAAUGGAAAUUUAUGCCAUAUCCCCCAGAAGAGACUGAAGUUGACGUCCUCUUUAUGGUAUCCUGAGGCAGCCCUACACUAUCCGGUGCCUGGGCUCGCUUAUCACUACCUUGUGGGACAUGAAAGGGGCAUUGAUAGUAGGGAGAGAUCUAUUCAUGAUCCUGAGGCUCAGGCGGGAAUUCUACAGGCAAUUAAGGAAUACGAUGAGUUCGAGGAAUGGAUUGAUGGCUCUACCAAACUCCGCUAUUCACCCUACAGCAGAGAGGCUCAAGCACAUAUUUCUGGGUGGGCCAUGAAAUAUACCAACAACCACAACAAGUUUGUUCUCAAGAAGACGUGUGUUGGAGUACUGCUGUGUAGUAAUGACUGCACACUUCCCAAUGGGCUUAAAAUUGUCGUCAGACCUGCUAUAUCUGAUAAAGUUCGGGAAAGACAGAUGGGCCAGAACUGUCCAAAUGCCACGUGCACAGGGACUCUAGUCCAUAGAAAGUGUACAGGCAACAACGGUUAUCCAGUGACCCAUUUUUGGGUCCAUCAAGAGGAUGGAAUCUAUUUUGAGUCCAAGGGCUCCCAUGAUCACUUCAGGCCUCAAGCAAGAAGAGCAACUCCAGACAGAAAUUCAAAUAAUAAAGCUAGCAGCAGCCAGAAAGGUAACACCGAGCAAGUGGAGAACACAGAAGACAAGACAGAGAAACAAGAGAACGCUUCGACAUCUUCAGAUGGAAAGAAGUACAAGUCUAGAAAGAGGCAACACGCUGAAAUUGCGGAAAAUUUACUUACAAGGCAAUCCGAGAUCGCGCAGUUGUCCUCUUCGCUCUCGUCUGGCUUAUUGAGAGGUUACUCAGUUGAAGAAGAGGAUCUGUAUAUCUGUGUGACUGUACCAGAGACAGAAACACUCUUUCACAGAGCUCUGUCACACGAUCAAACGAACAUUACCACAUGCGGGAAACUUUACUUACUCUGUCAGACAUUUCAGGAUGUCAUUCCCGGAUUUGACUUGCUGGAGACCCGUAUGAUAUCGCGAAGCGUAAUGGGAUGGCCUGUAGUUAUGGCAACGUUAUAUCGGCAAGGAACGAAGGAAGGACAAAUUCACCAUAUGAAGACUUUGGCUCGCCUUUGUUCGACGCCAGAUGAAGACUUCUUUUCGCCCAGGUGGCAGAUGGUUAUCCAUGAUUUUCCCGCUGACCAGGCACAGAUGGUGACCGAGGCCAUAGUAAACAUGAUCAUCAACACGCAAGUGCAAACUCUCCUGAAGGUCUUUCAAUACAAGAGCGUCAGCUCAUUGUACAAAAUGCUUCGAGAAAAGAUCACCAGCAGUUUACAGAGCUACGACAUGCACUUCGAACUGUGCAAGCGAGAGAUAAUCACAAGGCUACAAGAUCCGCUGCUCACAAUGAAGUUCCGCGACAUGACGCAAAGGCUCACGGGUGAAAAAUGCAGUGCGCAGGAGUAUGUCAGCACGGACUGCAUGCUGUCAGGAGGAGUAUUUGGAUCAGUCAUAAGAGAGUUCUGGAAUUUUUGGGGAAGUAACAUUGUAGCUCCGAAAGUUUUCGCUGUCGCCGAUGAGUUGGUGGGAAGAAGAGAAAAGUCAGAACAGUGGCAAAGGACGCAGACAGGGCUCACAUUUCCCAGCGAUCCACAGAAAGUUACUUUGCACCACAUGGCUGAAGCAGUAGUCACGUGGUGUCAAUAUCAGAUUGAGAAUUGGCCGCAAUCAGUUGUGCAAGAAAGUAUGGCAAAGUUUACACAUCUUCGACCGGAAGACAACCGACUUCACUACGCUUUAGAGAGACCUGGGUCCGCGUUCCAUCGGCCAGUCACAUAUCCCACGCUGUCCAUGCCCAGAUUUCAUUGGUGCUGAGUGCAUUGGAACCACACAAUUUGAAGUUUUUGUAAUCAAAUAACACUGCCGUUGAUGGAACAUUAUUGCAACAUUUUGCGCUGUGGCAUGUUGAUAAGUAUAGUUUAAAAUUCUUCAAAAAAAUUUAGUUGACUUUGGUUAUUUUAGACAGUUCGACCGCUGUAAAUGAAGUCUAUUCUUGAUCAGCUACCGCUGACCACAAACCUUGUGUAUACUUAUCGAUAAUGUUCUGUUUGAAAUUAAAGUUCGGCAUACGGGCGGGCUUCUCUUCGAGAAUUCCAAGAAGAAAUAUGGUUUCAAGAAAUUGAAUUUAUAAGUUUGGUUGAAACCUAAGGAAGGAGUAUCAGACUUAAGUAUUCAAAAUCAGCAAAGAAUAAAUAUUCUGUUUUAUUUGCAGUUUAGUAUUUUACAAAGUUAUUACUCGUUGUUUUAUUCGUCUAAUCUCUAGUUAAGCAUUCAAUUGUAAAUAAUAAAUGUACCGUCUGUAAUCACUGAAAAGUGGUGUUUAACAAGUUUCCAUGGGUGCAAUCUAGUAAAGAUGACACUCUAUUGCAAUUUUAAACAGAGAAAAAUGAUCGUUUCUCGAAGAACAAGCUGUAACUGAUAUGAAGUCAGCAAAAAAUUUACCUUAGUUAAAGUAAAAAAAAAAAAAACAUUAAAUGUAAA